AUGCUCCCUACAACAGAUCAACGAGCAACUUUUCCUACAAUUCUACUCAAAGCAAUUCAACAAAUACUUCAACAAGUUCUUCUUCCAACUCCCGCUCAAACAGUCGCUCCAGCUGCAAAUCCAGAGAUUUCUCCAGUGACCACUCUAGAGACCGUUGUGAAUGUCCAGCUGGUUUCUGCUCUGGGAACUGUUCUAACAGCAGUAUUAGUUACAGUUCUGAUGGUUUCUCAAUCGAAAGUACCUGCAGUUGCUCUCGCCACAUUUCUGACAUCAGCUUCAGCGGUUGUUCAUGCAGUUGUUCUGACCAGUGUCAUUUUAGCAGAGGAGACGUCAGUACGAACGUCAGCGGACAAACAUCUUGUUCUAGCAUGUCUCCUAGAAGCCGUUGCACUCACUGUUCACUGGGUAAUGGUUUCAACCAGUACUUAUCUGGAUUGUCCUGCUGGAACAAUGGAACAGUUUGAUUCUGUAGGAGAGCAAACUUCAAUACCUCGGAACAAUAAUGGAACACAGACGUUUGCAUUUUGUUACGAAGCUGGAGCAGUUGCAGGAAAAUGGCUUUCUUAUUCUGAUGGUCAUGAUGACGAAAUGAGUGGAAUGAGGUGUAAAAAUCAAUGA